ACAGCCAGGUUAGUCAACAUUCCAAAAACACCAGAGCAGAUCUGUUACUGACAUAUAUUUCAAGAUCAGAAAGAAAUCUUUAUAAACCUCCAGGCAAUAAUGAUCCUCUUACGUCCAAUCUUUGCCCUCUGGCUGUGAGGGAGGAGUCGGAGGAGACAUAUAAAUAAGGCAGGAUUUCGAGUCCAGGUUAUCGUUUCUCCAGAUUGAACCAAAAGUCACCAUGCUGCGCUUCAUCUGCCUAUUCCUGCUGUACUCAGGAGCCAUUGCAGAACUGCCGUGUACAGUUAUUCCCGGGAAGCUGAAGCAGUUGGACGCGGGGAAUGGAGAAGUCUACGGGGUGGCAGAUGAUGACACUAUUUACUUCUGGCACGCAAACCGCUGGGCACAGAUUGAAGGAAGGCUCACUCACGUGACUGUGGGACCAGCAGGAGUUUGGGGAGUCAACAAAGAUGACUACAUUUACAGGCUGAAUAAUUUCUACUGGGUACAGUUAUCAGGGCGCUUGAAGCAGAUAGAUGCUGGGGGUAAUAAAUUUAUCUCAGGAACCAAUGUCAACGAUGACAUUUAUUGCGUGAGCCAGGAUCCAAGCACCUUCCCUGCAAAUGCCAUACCCUAUGUACAUCUUGAAGGGAAGCUGAAGCAUUAUGCCUGCGGGCCUCUUGGUUGCUGGGGAGUCAAUAGUGCCAAUGAAAUCUAUUAUCGUAACCAGGUGACCCCAAGCUCAUGCCAGGGUACAGGAUGGGUUAGGGUGGAAGGCAGUCUGAUCAUGGUGGAGGUUGGAACUGACGGCUCAGUCUUUGGUGUCAACUCAGAUGGCUACGUGUACAAAAGAGUCGGAAUCUGCCCCAAGAGCCCCAGAGGAACCUCAUGGAUUCAGAUAGACGUCUGUAACAGCUUCAAGUACGUCAGCUACGAUGACGGGUUCCUGUGGCUCAUUAGCGACAAAGGGCGCAUUUUGAAAUGCGAAUAUCCCGAAUCCGUGCUGCCCGAUUUGUUAUGAAAUCAAUGAGAUCAAACAACAACCCUUCUAAUAAAGAAACGUUAUGGGUGGUAUUUCCAUGGUUUAGGCAGCACUAUUUCUAUUGCAGAUCUAGGUAAGGAAUUCCCAGAAUUCAUCUAAAAGCACAGUAGGGCCAAUCAACAUGGCAAUCUGAAUCAGGCAAUUAAAUCUUUCCAGAAUUUGAAUGUACAGACACAUGUCAGUUAUUCUUCUGAGUAAAAUGAAUAAAUAUACCAUAGAUAGGUGUCCCAUGAUAUAACGUUCUUAUGAGGUUAUCUUUAAGUGCUUCUUAUAAUAAACUUUGUUUUAUUGUGCUUACAGCUGUGCUCCACUCAGUUUUCAUUCUGAUUCUUGUAAAAGGAUUUUUGUUUCUGGCUAAUGGGGGUCUGUGAUGUUGGGGGAUACAUUAAAGACUUGAACCUGAUGGGCAGUUUUCUUUUUUCAAUCCAAAUAAACUAUAAUUGUUCCAAUAAAGUUUAUCAUUCAUGUAUCAUCACAA